AUGACAACAUGCCCGACCAUUUAUUCAAGAUAUUUGGGAUCGAUUCCAUAUACUCGGGCUCUGGCACUUCAAUCUGCUCUAGUACAGGCGCGAAUUCGACGUGAUUCUCCAUUGCGAGACUCAAACAUGUUAUUAUUGUUGCAGCAUCCGCCUACCUAUACCGCUGGAAGGCGUAUCAAGGGCACUGCUCAUACUGAAGGCAGAAGGCUACGUGAUCUGGGUGCCGAUUACUAUGAGGUGAUGCGAGGAGGCCAAACGACAUUUCACGGCCCAGGCCAACUGGUCGGCUAUCCUAUACUUGACUUGCGCCAGUAUCAAAUGAGCGUCAGAUCAUACGUCGCGGCACUGGAAACGUGCCUAAUUCAAACAUGUUUGAAGUAUGAUGUCAGUGCUCAAACCACUCCAGAUACUGGUGUAUGGGUACAGGGCAGCAAAAUCGCUGCAAUUGGCGUACAUGUAUCACGACACAUCGCGUCGCAUGGAUUUGCAUUGAAUUGCAACACUGAUCUGUCUUGGUUUCAUCAUAUUGUCGCCUGUGGACUAGCAGACAAGACAUCUACGUCCCUCUCUCAUGAAUUGAACCGUGAAAUCACUGUUCAGGAUACUCUGAAACACGUCAGGACUGCGUUUGCACAAGUGUUCAAUGCUCAGAUCGUGGACGGACUGCCUCCAGCUCUGGAAGCAGACUUCCAGAAAUUGCUCCAGUCCAAGUAA